AUGGGAGCGUACCUCGAUAAACCUGUAACUGAAAAGGAAUCCGAAAGUGGUCAAGGAAAUGGCUUGACAUUUGGCGCCACUUGUAUGCAAGGAUGGCGAGUGAAACAGGAGGACGCCCAUAAUUGUAUCAUUGAGUUGAAUGGUGAUUGGAGUAUGUUUGCCGUAUAUGAUGGCCAUGGUGGCGACGAAGUGUCUAAAUACACAGCUAUGAAAUUUCCUGAUUUCUUAAAAGAGCGGGAGUUUUGGGCGAGUGAUGACCUUGUACCCACGUUGCAACAGAUAUUUGUCGAUUUUGACGAUGUUUUACGAUCGGACGAUGUUAUGAGGGAACUAAAGGUGUGUUCCGAAGAUGUUCCUGAUAGGGAAGAUGAUUGCGAUAAUAGUUCAGAUGAAUGUGACAGAAUACAAACCAUAGAAGAAAGUGCCAUGCCGUUAGAAGAAAUAUUAUCUAGGUAUGUGAAAGUCACGGCCCUGAACAGAAUGAACCCCAGCCGCUGUCUUCAGACAUUGAAAUCCCUAACAGGGAAGGUCUUCCAGGGCGUGGGACGCUUUUCGAAAAUGGUUUUUUGCAUGGAAGUUGCGAUACCUGGUGGAUUAGAAACACCUGGAGAAGACUCAGGGACGACGGCUUGUGUGUGUCUCAUGAAUAAGGAGAGGAUUGUAGUAGCGAAUGCCGGUGAUUCUCGAGCGGUACUAUGCCGAGGCGGUACGGCGAUCGAUCUUUCUAUGGAUCACAAGCCUGAAGAUGACAUUGAAAAAACGCGUAUCAUAAAUGCCGGUGGAUUUGUAAAUGAAGAUGGGCGAGUAAAUGGUGGCUUGAAUUUAUCACGUGCUUUCGGUGAUCAUAGUUAUAAAAAGAAUGCGGAUUUACCAUUACGGGAUCAAAUGAUUACAGCAUUACCCGACGUCAAAAUAGAGACGUUACAACCGAGCGAUGAAUUUCUUGUUAUAGCUUGUGAUGGAAUUUGGAAUUCACUCAACUCCCAACAGGUUGUAGAUUUUAUACGAGAUCGACUAAAGCAAGGAAAGUCUUGCGUGGAUAUUUCAUCAGAGCUUUGCGAUCAUUGUUUGGCGCCAACGACAGCCGGCGAUGGUACUGGUUGCGAUAAUAUGACUGUCAUUAUUACGACGAUUACUCACUAA